AAUUUCACAACAACCAAAAAUCUUAAAAUAAAUGCUGACAGUAAAGUUAACAACAAUGGCAAUGGGUUUGUUGGCGGUCUGGCUGUUUGUCCAGAAUGUAGCAACAUGUAAACAUGUAUAAAUGCUUUGUAUAGCAAAGGUUUGGUGGAUUUAGUGGCAGUUUGUGGUCAUAUUUUUGUCGCUAAACAAUUUUAUAUAGGCCUACACUAAAUAAAAAAGGGAACAGCUAAAGAUGGCAGUGGAUUUAAAUUGUUUAGAUCAUCAUUUAUGUGACGAGAUGGCCGAACAUGUUGAGAAGAUAACUCUAUCUGGUGAAACAAUAAUUGAUGUGGAGGUCAUGAAGAAAUUUAAGAAAAUUUGCAGGAUUUCAGAUUUAUAUGUAAAACAUGCUUACCAUAUGUUGAUGAGUACGCUAGAAAAUGAUCAUGCAGAGAUUCGUCUGUCAACAUUCAAGAUGAUUGAUGAACUGUUUAAUAGAUCUCACUGCUUUCGUGAGCUGUUGGUGUCUGAAUUUCAAAGAUUUUUAGAAUUAACAGUUGAAAUAGAUCAUGAUCAACCGCUACCACCUCCUCUGCCUGUUGCUAAAAAACUUAAAGCUGAAACUUUAAAAGCCAUACAACAGUGGUUUGAAAAAUUUGGUGACGCUUAUAAAAAACUUUCUCUGGGUUACAACUUUCUUAAAUCAUGUAAAUUAGUCGAUUUUAAUGACAUUAGAACUAGAACAAUAGCUGAAAGACAGAGAGAAGAAGAAAAAGAAAGAAAGAGAAAGAUAAUAUUAGACCUGAAACUGAGUAAAGCUUUAGAUGAGAUUAAAGAAACUGUACCAGAUAUUGAAACAUGUAAAACAGAGAUAGAGAAUUGUUUAAAUUUAUUACUACCUACACCAGAUGACUUUUUCAUCAGUGAAUCUGAGCCAGUGAGUAAUAAUGAUCCAACUUCUUCCCCCAAUGCAACAGACGGCAGUAAUGCAUCACAUUCAAACAAUAAAUCUCCAAUAAAGAAUAAUGGUGGCUUAACAAAAACAGAUGAAAUUUCAUCUAAUGAAAAUAUUUCAGGGAUUGAAAACAAUUCUUUUGAGACCAUCAUGACUGAUUCUAGUGAUAAAAUUACAACAAAAGGUGAUUCUGAUGAUAAUUCAGAUAUGGAGGAUGUUGAAGAAGAAUUUGUAAAUAGUGAAACAAGAACAGAUUUUGUAAAUGAUUUUGGAUUAGGUUCUCGAAAAUAUAAUCUCAAUAUUGAAAUCAAACCUAAAAAAUUUCUUAUAGAAGAAACAGAUGAUAAUAAAGACAUUUUCAAAACAUUAAGAGACUCUAUACGUAUGGUGAAAGUAAAAUAUUUACCUAAAGUAACAAGAUGGUUGGAGAUUAUGAGUAAAGCGGGUGCAUCUCAAGAUAAAAUAAAAGAAAUGAUAGAUUUAAAGAAUCAGUUAGAAGUCUUGUUAAAUAAAUGUGUUGAAAUGAAAGUUACAGGGGAUGCUGAUUUAGACUAUGAAUCAGAUGAUGAUGAUGAUUUUGAAGAAGUACCCGAGAAGGAAGGAUAUGAAGCAGAAGUACCCUUUCAUCUUUUGACUGCCACAGAGAUGGGACUGAAAGAAGAGAGGAGAAAACGAGGGGGAGGAAAAAGAACAAAUAAGGAUUGGAGUUUAAAAUCGAAAUCUGGUGAUACACAUGAUCCUACAACAAGAGCAGCUAAUUUAUCAAAAUUUGGUUUAUUUGAUGUAGAUGUUAAUAAACCUGGUACAUCUUCAAAUAAAAACAAUAAUAUACCAAUUGUUCCCUUUGGUCCUGAUUUAGCACAUUGGGAAAACCCAGAUGAAAUAGAAGCACCUAUGAUGGUUAAAUAUGAUUCAUUACAUAGAUUUUGGACUCCAGCUGAACACGAGAGUGAAAAGGCUUCACAGCACGAUCUAGAAGCUUUGAAAAGUCGUACUUUUCAUUAUGCUGGCAAAUUUACGCCUGUUACAUGGAAAUGUCGAGCACCUCUACCAAAUGGUUCUCUUUGUGAACGAAUGGAUAGAGUAAAGUGCCCGUUUCAUGGUAAAAUUAUUGGUCGUGAUAAUACUGGCAAACCUACUAAUAUAGAAGAGGCAAGAAAACUAGCAGCAGAAGAAGCUAAAAAAGUGGAAGAUUCUGUUCCUGACUGGAGGGAUCCAGAGUUACAGAGAGAUAUAGAGCUUUCUCUCGGUAUAGAUUUAGGAUCCAGUUCAUCCAAAUCUAAAGGAAAGGGAAAAGGCAAGGGCAAGGGAAAGGGCAAGAAUAAAAAAUAUGCCAAUUUAACUGAUGUGAAAGAAAUAAAGAAUACAUCUAGAAGUCGAUUAGAAAAACAUGUGUUUAAUAGAAGAACAAUGAAGAGAGUUACUUCAGUGAUGGAUGCUGCCGACUUUAAAAGAGUGAGAGAUAAAUUUGGAAAUCAGUUUAAUUAUGCCCAUGAAAGAUGAUAUUUAAAAAACGUACUUGUAAUCUCAUGCUCAAAUAAAAUGAUGUCAUACAUAGAAUUUAGAACAUGGAAAUCUUGUGAUAGCUAUAAUUUAUAUUUUGUCUUUAGGCUUUUGCAAAUAGUCAUAAAAUGCCCCAGAAAAAUAUUAUUAAAGGUUAAAAAGGAAAUCUGAUCUCAAUGUUCAUGGAUGGAAACAAAUUAUUCUUCUGUAGAGGACUGACAUUGUUCUAUGGCAUCAUGAAAUCAAUAGAAUGUUAUUGGAACUUGAGAUGGUCAUAACUUGGACUGGGAUUGAUAGAUUUUAACAAUUUGUUCCAAUAAUAAUAAUAAUAUGCUCUUCGAUAUAAGACUAUAUGGAAUUUUCACCUGUGACUACUGGAGUAGUAAAAAUAAUGUCAUAAAUGUUACAUUGUCCACAAUUAGAUUAUCUUAAGAAUGAAAUGUUUUAGAAGACUAAUGUAUGUAUUAUUUUACAUAAGCUGUUAAAUUAUUUGUAAAUAACAUCUAUGAUAUAGUAAUAAUUUAUUGAUCUACCUCACAUCUACCAGAGACUAUAACCAGGUCUAGUUUUAUUUGUAAUACAUUUCAUAUUAUAUAUAAAAAUAUGAUAGAUUUAAUUAAGAGAGUUA